CUAGGGCUGAGGGACAGCAUGGGUCCUUCUGCGGACAACCCCUUUGAUCGGCUGCCUGAUGAGUUGGUCCUGGAGAUCCUACAGAUGCUCCUGUGGCGCCCAUUUCAUUUUGGCCCGGAUAAGGCAAAGGGAAGGGUGCGGCUGGAGGUUGUUUGCAGGAGGUUCCAAGCGCUGGUGCGUGCGUCAGGGAGCCUUGAGUGGGAUCUUGCAACUGAUGAGCAGGAUGAAGCUGCUUAUGUGCGAUACAUGCUUGCACAGUUGGACGCAGCGAGGCCAUUGAGCAGGUUUGCUUUGCACAUGCACGCCGACGUCUCCUUGAUGACCUUUCUCCAAAUGGUCAUCCCCCACUCACUGAGGACCCUUGCGGAAGUGCGCCUGUUUUUGGUAGGUGAUGACAAACCCUGUGUCAAUUGGGAGAGUUCAUUUAACCUUCUUCAGGCCUGCGACAAGCUCGCAGCAUUGGACAUCUGGCUAUUGAACUGUAGCCCCAAGGUCCCUUCCACGAGUCUGGACUUUUCAACACCUCUGAAGUCCUUUAGGUCGCUCCAGUCUUUGACCCUGUAUGGUUUCCACAUCAAGAAGUUCGCUGCUUUUAUCCAGUCAUUCCCUGUGCUUAAGAAACUAGAGGUCCAUCACAAGGCUGGCCAAGAGGACAUUGUCCCUCCAAGCUCCCUCCAAAAGCUCUUCUGGUGGGGUAACAAGAGCGGAAGAAUAGAUUGGGAAAAUCCAGCAGAGGUCCAUGUGCCAGCGAGCCUGACAAUGUUGCUGAGCAUUGUGAGGACCGGAGAAAGGUGGAUGGGAAGCGACUUGUCGGUGAUGUUGGACCGCCUGUUGGAUGACGAAGUUGCAAUCCAGAAAGCACUUGUGCGAGUGCCAGGAGCUGUGCAGGACGUGCUGAGCUUGUUUGAUGUCGAGGUUGACUUUGAAUAUCAUGAGCACAUUGUGAACGUCUUACUGAAACUCUCCUGUGAGCCUGAAGCGAAGGAGGUUCUCGCUAGCAGGGUAGAGAACCUAGAGGUCUUAGUGUCCCUUCUGGUCGAUGAUGAACUUGUAUACGAUCAGGCAGAAAUAUGUGAAAUCGUCGCAACCAUUCUGCUGAGGGUCCUGUCUUCUAACAUUGAGAGCCGAAAGACAAUCGCAAGGCUUACCAAUUACGUACGUAAUCUGGUAGGACUGGCCAUCAGAACUUGGGAUUCUAGGUGGGACUGGCGCGUGGCAAAAGAUGCUUUGGAGAUGCUGGCUUACCUGACACCUGAGCCUGAAGUUGUGAAAUCUUUUACUAACGACCCUGACGGCCUUCAGAAGAUUCUCAAGGAGUUGGCAGUAAGCAGCAUACCAGGGCUCUAUGAGGGUCUAGUUGAGUUUCUGGAUGCUAGGAGGGAGGUGCGUGAAACAGCUGUAGAUGCGCUCACGAGCCUCGUCAAAAGCUCUCAGGAAGUGAAGGCCGUAGCUGCGGUGCCAGGGUGCAUUGAGAAGCUCGUUAGCCUUUUGAAGGAUCCAAGCUCAGAGGUGCAAGAGAAGUCGGCGUGCUUGCUGCAAAGCUUGGCUGCGGGGGAAGACACUGCCAGGGCCAUCGCUAAGGUACCAGGCUGUUUACAGAGCUUAGGGCAACUGUUGCAGAGCAAAAGGGCAGGCGCACAAGGAGCGGCCGCACCGGUGCUCUUGGCGAUUACGGCUGAUCCUGAAGACCGUAAAGCUAUAGCAUCUGUUCCACUGGUGUUGCAGAAUCUGAGGUGGCUUUUGGAGUGCUCUGGCGAGGUGCAAGAGGCAGCAGCGGCGAUUUUGGGGCGCUUGUCGGAGGAUGCAGAAAGCAGGAACAGCAUAGCCUCCACUCCAGGAUGCCUGCAACGACUGAACUUCCUCCUGGAAUGCAAGAACGCCGCUGUCCGCAAAGAUGCCCUGCGAGUGUUUGAAAGCGUCUCCCAAGAUUUCACCAGUCGACGGGGGGUGGCCCAUCUGCCAGGUGUCUUUCAGCGACUGGUGGAGCUACUGGCUGGUGAAGCCAAGGAUGCGGAGACCCAAUGCUUAGCGGCAGGGGCUCUGGGAAGAUUGGCGGCUGAUCCCGAGAUUGCAGGCGCGUUGGCCCGGGUGCCUGGACUCGAUGAGGGGAACGGCUGCCAUGGUACCGGGGUUGGGCGUUGGGACGUGAGAAGAUGGUCCAAGAUUAAGGCUCGUCAGAAGCAGGUGACUGACGUGGUCCGUAAAGCGUGCUUUCUGGUGCUGGAUACGGGUUUCGGACAGCAAUGCUUACAUGACAGCUGCAAGGGGAUAGUGACGUCAUCAUCAAAAGUGAGUCCGGGCUUUUUGAAGGUUACAGUUACAGUAGAUACAGGAUCUGCCUUUGGGCCUGAAAGGACACAGUAG